GCAGUCGUAAUCUGUUGUGCACAAAAAGCAGGCCAGAAUAAAACACCACUCGCUGAUCUGGAGGCCUGAGCCUCGUUUUGUCGGUUACAGCGACGCAAAUACAUCACAGAAAGGCAGUGGAGACAUGAGGCUUGGCGUGUAGACGGGCUGAUGGAUUUUACUGGCGCUGACUGAAAAGAACACCUCGUGGAUAAGUUUCACCACAGGUAGAGCUAGCUGCUAGCUAAACACGGCUAAAGAAAACCUGCUUCCACUUCAGGAUCUGGGACUGAUUCAUCGUGUGUUCUGCACCACCUGGACCUGGACAGCAUGGACACAGUUUCAAGAAAGAGAGAGGAUGCUGAAGAGAAGUCUUUGUUCUUACAAUUUCAUCAGCAGCAAAUAGAAGACCAAAAUGUCACAGCCAGGAGCUCAGAUGACCAGGCGACAGCAGAAAUUGGUGGAAGGGCAGAAACUAGCAGGAACCUAGACAUGAACCUUCAUGAGCAGACAUGUGAUUCUUCAGAGUUGGCAAUUAGUGGAGAUGAUGAUGAUGAUGAUGGUGGUGGUGGUCAUGUGAAUCACAACUCUGAGCUGUCAGACUCAAAGUCUGAAACUAGAGAUGAAGACAACGAUUGGAAUGAGAGAAGGUCUUCUGAGUCAGAUGUUAAGACUGUCAAAUCCUUUAGCUGCCCUGAGUGUGGUAAACAAUUUCUUCAUAAGUCGUCCCUCCAGAAACAUGUGAGAGUGACAAGUCAUCCAGCAAUAAGGUCUUCUGGCUGUUUGGUUAAUAAGAAAUGUGUUAGAGGGAAGCAAUGCAUAGACCCGUGCAGGAAAGUCCAGAAAGAACUAAAAUCAUUUUGUUGUGAUGACUGUGGAAAAAGAUUUAGUACAAAAUCACAUUUAAACGGUCACAUGGAGGACCACACAGGACAGAAACCUUUUGCCUGUGAUCUCUGUGGACAUAGAUUUACACAUAAGUUCAGUUUAAACAGACACAUGAGAGUCCACACUGGACAGAAGCCUUAUGCCUGUGAUCUCUGUGGACAUAGAUUUACCCAUAAGGCCAGUUUAAACAGACACAUGAGAGUCCACACUGGACAGAAGCCUUAUGCCUGUGAUCAGUGUGGAAAAUGUUUUAGCCAUAAGACAACUUUAAACAGUCACAUGAGUGUCCACACAGGACAGAAGCCUUUUGCCUGUGAGCUCUGUGGACAAAGAUUUAAUCAAAAGACACAUUUAAACAGUCACACAAGAGUCCACACAGGACAGAAACCUUUUGCCUGUGAGCUCUGUGGAAAAAGAUUUAGCCGAAGCACACAUUUAAACACACACAUGAUAAUCCACAGAGGACAUAAGCCUUUUCCCUGUGAGCUCUGUGGACAAAAAUUUGGCUAUAAGAGCAUUUUAAACAGUCACAUGAGAAUCCACACAGGACAGAAGCCUUUUGCCUGUGAGCUGUGUGGACAAAGAUUUAGAUGUAAGUCAGGUUUAAACAGUCACAUGAGAGUCCACACAGGACAGAAGCCUUUUGCCUGUGAGCUGUGUGGACAAAGAUUUAGCUGUAAGUCAACUUUUAACAGUCACAUGAGAGUCCACACAGGACAGAAGCCUUUUGCCUGUCAGCUCUGUGGACAAAGAUAUAGCCAAAGCAAACAAUUAAACCGUCACAUGAGAGUUCACACAGGACAGAAGCCUUUUGUCUGUGAGCUCUGUGAAGCAAGAUUUAGUUGUAAAUCAAGUUUAAACAGUCACAUGAGAGUCCACACAGGAGAGAAGCCUUUCGUCUGUGAGCUCUGUGGACAAAGAUUUAGAGAUAAGACAACUUUAAACGGGCACAUGAGAGUUCACACAGGACAGAAACCUUUUGUCUGUGAGCUCUGUGAAGCAAGAUUUAGUUGUAAGUCAAAUUUAAACAGUCACAUGAGAGUCCACAGAGGAGAGAAGCCUUUUGUCUGUGAGCUCUGUGGACAAAGAUUUAGACAUAAGACAACUUUAAACGGGCACAUGAGAGUUCACACAGGACAGAAAGCGUUUGUCUGUGAGCUCUGUGAAGCAAGAUUUAGAUGUAAGUCAAGUUUAAACAGACACAUGAGAGUCCACACAGGACAGAAACCUUUUGUCUGUGAGCUCUGUGAAGCAAGAUUUAGUUGUAAGUCAAGUUUAAACAGUCACAUGAGAGUCCACACGGGAGAGAAGCCUUUUGUCUGUGAGCUUUGUGGACAAAGAUUUAGACAUAAGACAACUUUAAACGGACACAUGAGAGUUCACACAGGACAGAAAGCUUUUGUCUGUGAGCUCUGUAAAGCAAGAUUUAGUUGUAAGUCAAGUUUAAACAGUCACAUGAGAGUCCACACAGGACACAAGAAACUCAUUUAACUACAAGAGUUCCAAAUAGGGACUUUUUUAGUUUUAGAUAUCAGUCUUGUACCCCUGGUUAACUGUCCUUUAUCCAGGCUGCACACUGAAAGCAUCAGAUGGCACGGAACAUCAGUGGAACGGUGUACUCGCGACAAUCACUGCACUCGAGUGCACAUGGGGAGAGUCUCAGCAGCGAAGCAGCAGGAUCACAAAAAGGCUCCCUCUAGACUUCAAAGGUUACAAUUUGUUUAUGCAAUCCACCAUCAAACCAAAAAGAAAGAAAUUACAUUGUUGCUGUUUGAUGUCAUAUAUGAUGUUGUUCCUCUCCACUGCCAGGAAAAAAACAACGAAAACCCACCGCUGCACUUCUGGAACAAUACUGCGAGUAAAUAAGUUGUAAGGUCACACGUAAGCUUCAUAUAUAUGAAAUAGCAUUAGCUGCAGUACUUUUAUUUUGAAAGUUACUGGGGAUUUUACACUGAAACCGUGUGUGAUUUCCAGUCUGGCCUUAUGUUAACUGCGGUAAUUGACGCAUCCCAGAAGUGGGAAAAAAAGAACCUGAUUCUAUCUUUAGCAGUAUGCUGCACCACGCUGCUUCUGGGACGCGUCUGAAAAUUGCAGCGUCGCAGCUGGAUUGUUACACUCCAUAGACUAUAAUGGAUUCUAUUUUAAGCAAUGCCGUUUCGCUGUCUUUCCGUGCCGCUGAUGCUUCCAGUGUGCAGUAGGGAUCAGCGUUAACUGUCCUAGAUCAUGGCUGGAUUCAGGAUGUGAGCCACCUCUUUUAGAGUAAAUUGCAGAUUAGUCUCCCUUAAACCAAUGUUUAGAGAAACAUAACAGGAGUGUGUUUUAAAUAAAAAUUUACACAAACAUGAAUUUAGGCUCAUUUUUGUAAGAAAAAUAUUUUUCUAUCAAACCAGAAGUGGCGUAGGCAAAGGGAGACGUGUUAGCUUGAUCCAGAAAAUAAUAUGGAUUUUAAUGCUAGCUCUGACACAGAGGAAGCUUUAAAAUGUUUAAUACUUACUAGUAGGGUUGUCACGGUAUGAAAAUUUAACCUCACGGUUAUUGUGACCAAAAUUAUCACGGUUUUCGGUAUUAUCGCGGUAUUUUUUAAACGGUGUUGCAUAUGUUCAGAAAGCAUUGAUAGUCCUGUUCUACACAAACUGAAAUAGUUUUGAAAAGGUUUAACAGUGUUUAUUAAACCUAAAAUAACACAAAGUCUUAGCAAAAGUGCAACUUUUCACAAGUAAAGGAACAAAUGGCUUCUUUUUCUGGAACAUGUUACGGUAGUCAGUGCAGGUUUAAAUUAUACAAAUCCAAACAUUCAAAACAUAAACAAUAUGUAAACAAAUCAAAGAAACACCACUUGUUUUCUUCAUUAUCAAAAUGAAAAUCUAAAACUCCAGUCCACACUUGACUUGAGCACUGUACAAGUCAACCUUAAAAAAUAUGUAUUUAAAAUAAAUAGCCACUUUAAACAAAUUACUAAAAUAACUACUACACUAUGUAAUCAAAUCCAAACGUUCAAGUAUAAAUGGCAUUGAAUAAGUAAACAAAUCAAUGACAAGGAACUAAUUGUAUAUUUCUCUUCAUCAUCAACAAAUAAGAUGCUUCAUCCAGCAACAGGGUGUCCGUGACACGGUUUAAAUGCUGGCAGAGGACGCUGCGGCUGCAGUAUAUAGUGACUCGUUGCAUUCUCCCUCAACCAAAAGUCCUCACGUCAUGCAUUUAAGCUAAAAUGCUAAUGUUAACUUACCUUGCACUGGCUGUAGAGACGUGGGUGAUGGUCACGCAGAUGUGCCAUUAGAUUCGAAGUGUUGCUGCCUUUUGCAGACACUUGUUUCCUGCACGUUCUGCAAACGGGAUAGCAGUCUUCUAUUAACUGUCCCUCAGCAUUGUACAGAAAUCCAAAAUAUGCCCAUACUUCCGAUUUAGUCUUCUUUGAGGGCUGAUGGGUGUCCUGGGCGCUGCCAUCUCUUCCUUCGGCCAUUAUUUCAGCUUCAAAGUUUUGGUGCCGUUGCAAACUAAAAAGUGCGUGUGCGCCGCAGGAACUUCAGCUGAAGCGACGGUGGCUGGUAAGCGUCAUCGCGCCGAAACCGCGGCCACGGUAAACCCACCGAGAUAAUUUAGUUUUUUAAAAACUGGACGGUUAUUUUUAUUGUCAACUUUUUUACCGGGGUUUACCGCUAUACCGGUUACCGUGACAACCCUACUUACUAGUUUGCUUGCCCGUGCACAUGCACAGGUUUUACGAAGGUGCGUGGCAUUGUGGGGCAGCUGUAGCUCAACAGGUUGAGCGGGUUGUCCAUUGAUCGGAAGGUUGCAGUUUCGAUCCCGGCUCCGGACAGAGAAUGCUGCUGUUGUGUCCUUGGGCAAGACACUUAACCCACCUUGCCUGCUGGUGGUGGUCGGAGGGUCCGCAGGCGCCUGUGCUCGGCAGCCUCGCCUCUCAUCCCCACCAGUGUAUGAAUGUGUGUGUGAAUGGAUGAAUGAUACACUGUAGUGUAAAGCGCUUUGGAGUCCUUACUCUGAGAGGCGCUAUACAAGUGUGGAUCAUUGUAAAAGGUGUGAGCAGUUGCCCAAGUCCCUUUUUAUCAAUAUUGUGCUAACAGCGCUGUGGCUCAACAGCGGCGGCACGUACAUUUAGGAAGCCACUCGAGAUGGUGGUGUAAGUGUUUGUUUGAGAAAUUCUGUAAUUUCAUACAGCUAGUAAUAUUGUAAGAUGUGUUUACAACAGGUUCUGAAAACUUAAUGAUGAUUAUAUUUUUUGCCAGUAUUAUGUAUGAAUGUUUAUAUCCAUUGUUUUGUGGUUAUGUACAGAAAGUAGUCAAAUGUAUGUUUUGUUGUCCCAAUUUAAUCAGUAAGUUACAGCAUAACAUGGUAAAUGGCCUGUAUGACACCCUCCAAGCAACACAGACGCAAGUGAUUUCUUUUACGGGCUUUUUGAAUGUCUUUCAUCGUUGACCUCUUCUGUCUUUCUUUCCAAAGACCUUUAAACCGUGAAACUGAAUAUACAGGAUUUUACAGUUAGAACAAAUACAAUAAUGUGCAACAAAAAUAAAGACAAAUAAAUACCUCGUUGGCUGUUUGCUCAAAACAAAA